AUGGGUGCAGCUGUAGCAACUUAUGUUUGGUUAGACUUGGAAAGACGGCCAAGGCAUAUAUCUUCUCUAAGGGGCAUAGACAAGAACUGCGUGGGUGCAAUUGACGGGACUCAUGUACCUUGUACACCGAUUGGUGUUGACAAUCCGACAGCUUAUCGAAAUAGGAAGGGUGUCAACUCCCAGAACAUAAUGGCAGCCUGCUCUUUCGAUAUGAAGUUCACCUACAUAUUAUCUGGUUGGGAAGGCUCCGCACAUGAUGCACGAGUGCUCGCGGAUGCGGUUGGAACGCCUAGGUUUAAGUUCCCACAUCCCCCGCUAGGAAAGUACUAUCUUGUUGAUUCGGCGUAUGCGAACAAUGACUAUUUUCUAGCUCUGUACCGAGGCGGGACAUAUCAUUUGGCUGAUUAUAGAAGGAGAACCGGUGGAUUUCAGGGACCUAGAGAUAUUUUUAACUACAAACAUUCAUCCUUAAGAAAUUGUAUUGAUAGAACAUUCGGGGUUUGGAAGGCUAGGUUCCCUAUCCUAAGGCGUCCAAAUAAUAGUUAUCCAAUGAAAAAACAAGUGAAGAUCCCUGUGGCGUGUGCAAUAUUACAUAAUUUCAUCCACAUAGUUAGUGAAGGGGACCCGCUUCUAAAUCAAUACUACCGUGAUGGUGUACCGGUAAGUGAAAUAGAUCCAAACAAUACAGAUGAAUUUGAUGAUGAUGACUAUGAUGGCAAUGUCCCUGAGGGGCCAGUUGUAACAGGAGCUAGUGUUAGCCACAUAGAGAUGAGUCGAUUUAGGGAUCGCCUUGCAAAUGAAAUGUGGGUAGAAUAUAAGAAAAGCUGUGGGAAACAAGUUUGA